AUGGCCCAUAUUCCCCCGUACCCACUCUACAACAGGACGUACAACCUGUACCGCCUGUCCCCACUCCACUGCCACGACACGCCCCUCCUACUAGAAGCCUCACUCCGAACCCAUGCCAAGCGCCUAAAAGAACAGCUCAAAGGCGACAAUGUGCGAGGCGUCCAGGUCGACUUUGCCGGCGCUGAGGAUACCGCAAAGCUGGGGCCGCUGGACGAGUGCAGCUGGGACAUGAUCGGAGACGAAGAUGCCUGGAUUGACCGACAUCGCCAGUCGAUAGAUGUCGAUGCCUCGCACUUGUCAUCCCUCUCCCAGCUCUCUCCAGACCGCGCGCGAGGACUGCAAGUGAGCCUCGAGUACGAGAAGCAGACAUACAAUGCGCUCCUGCUGCGCGACCCAGGCGUCACCUCCUCGCCAAAGGGCUUCACAUCGCUACCACUGUUGCUUGUGAAAAUGCCGGGUCCAAUACGUGACAUCUUUCUGAACUAUCUCCGAACGACCUUCGAUGCCUACGUUGCGCCCUUGAAGCUGCCCUCCCCCAUCAUCACUUCGAGUCUUGAGACAUACUUGAAGCACCUCUCAGCGCGCUACUCGACCCAAUCCAUCCAAGACAUUAUAAGACAGCUGCACAUCCAACUAGCCUUUCCCAAUAGUACAACUACCCUCAAGCACGUAGAGAUCACCAUCGCAGGUGCCGACAUCUCCGGUUUCGUCGACCGUGGCAGGCUGCUCAAAGAUACCCGCAACAAGCCCUUUACAGCUGCGUUGUCCACCUAUCUCAAACAACACCUCGCUCUCGACAUAUCGCACCCCAAAGUUCAGAUAUCGCGCAUCGCCUGCAACAGUUUCCACCUCGGCACCGAACGACUGAAACUCGUCGCACCCGACCCCCUUGCAGACACAUCCUUCUCCGACGAAGGCGGCAUGUCACAAGAUGCAAGUGCAAGUGAGCUUGCCGUUCAGGAGCUCUAUACAUCGUUGGUCCGAGAGGCUGCUGGUAGCGGUAAGUUCCUGCCCGAGGACAUGUCUAAAGCUUCAAAGGAAGAGACACUGUCACCUACGGCAAGUGCUCAAGCGGGGCGGAGGAAGAGGGCUAUCAGCACCGCUGCUGUUGACAGCAACAACAAGAAGACCAAAGCAAGAGCCAAAGAGAGCGACCGAAAGAUCAACGGGAAUGAUGACAUGAUUGGUGUCUAA